CAGCAGGCACCAUGUUCGUCCCGCUUACAGCGACGCUGGCAAGUGCAGGGACUGCAAUGGGUUGCUACGGGUUUGGCGUGGGUGCCUACGUUGUGCUUCUGCCCACCCUUCUGGCCAAAACUCUGGGGGUGAAACGCCUCCCUGUCGCCUACGGCUUCACCAGGCUCACUAUGGGCUUCAUGAGCCUCGUCGCCCCACAAGUCAACGGCGCACUCGUGGACGGGACCGGGAGCUACGCGCCCACGUAUUACCUCAUGGGCUCGUGUACGGCAGUGGCGGCCAUACUCUUCUUGUUCAUCCCGCCUCCUGUUACUGAGGAGCCCGACACCGCCAAAUGAUUAUAAUACAUCGUAGAUUUUAUACUUCCUUAAACAAUGUAUUAAUCCGUAUUGGAGGCUGUA